AUGUCGGGAAAUUCCAACUAUUCCCAUUUUCGAGAAUGGAUGUACAAGAGGAUCGAUGAAAAGACGGGAAAUUUCUCAGAAGAGUUCAUAGCAGGGGUGGAUCAAUUCAUGACAUUUGCAAAUAGCCAGCCUAUCACGCAGAGCAAUGGGGGAACGAGUCAUGUUGAUCCGACACCUUUAAGUGGUAGUGAAGAAGUUGGUAAUGAAGAUAUAUAUGUUGAUAUGGUAGAUGAUGCAUUUCAUGAUAAUGUGAGAUGGAAGCCUAGGGACAAACGCCGUAGAACCAAAGUACCAUAUAGCCGUAUGUGGUAUCUCCCUAUAGCUGAUAGGUUAAAGAGAAUGUAUCAGAGCAAGAAGACUGCAGCAGCAAUGAGAUGGCAUGCUGAGCACCAAGCAAAAGAGGGAGAAAUAUGUCAUCCAUCUGAUGCGGCGGAGUGGAAAAACUUUCAAGAAAUACAUCCCCGGUUUGCCGAAGAACCGCGUAAUGUUUAUCUUGGGUUAUGUACUGAUGGAUUCAAUCCAUUUGGAAUGUCUCAUAAUCAUUCGUUGUGGCCUAUAAUUUUGACUCCGUAUAAUCUGCCCCUUGGUAUGUGCAUGAAAACAGAGUACCUGUUUCUUACAAUUCUAAAUUCCGGGCCAAAUCAUCCACGAGCUAGUCUUGAUAUCUUCCUCAAACCUCUGAUUGCGGAGUUAAAAGAACUAUGGUCAACUGGAGUUGAAGCAUACGAUGUGUCCUUCAAUCAAAAUUUCAACCUAAAAGCCGUGCUUAUGUGGACGAUAAGCGACUUUCCGGCGUACGGCAUGCUUUCCGGAUGGACGACCCAUGGUAAAUUGGCAUGUCCAAUUUGCAUGGAAGAUACUAAGUCUUUUUAUCUGCCUAAGGGAAGGAAGACGUGUUGGUUUGACUGUCACCGAAGAUUUCUUCCUCUUAAUCAUCCACUGAGGAAGAAUAGAAAAGACUUCUUGAAGGGAAAAAAUGCAGUAAAUGAAGUUCCACCAGAUUCUUUGACUGGUGAGCAAGUUUAUUCAGAGCGGUUAAAUGGUGUCAAUCCUCCUAAAACGUCUGUUUGCGGUGGAAAUGGUCAUGAAAAGAAGAAGCCUGGAUAUGGAAAGUACCAUAAUUGGCACAAGGAAAGCAUAUUUUGGGAGUUACCAUACUGGAGGGAUCUAAUUCUCCGUCAUAAUCUUGAUGUGAUGCAUAUUGAGAAAAAAAAUUUCAACAACAUCAUGAAUACUCUUAUGAAUGUGAAGGAUAAGUCGAAAGACACAAUCCAGUCAAGAUUGGAUAUAUCAGAGUUUUGUGAUCGGCCACACUUACAUGUUGAUGAUGAUGGUCAAGCUCCAUUUCCUCCCUACACAUUGGACGAAGCCGGGAAAAAAAGUUUAUUGGAAUGUGUGAAACACGCAGUUAAAUUUCCCGACAGUUAUGCUUCAGACUUAGCUAAUUGUGUUGAUAUGGAGAACAGCAAGUUCUCUGGCAUGAAGAGUCACGACUGCCAUUUGAAAGCAAAAGCAAAGAACAAAAGAUUUGUUGGUGGAUCGAUUGUUGAAUCAUAUAUCAAUGAGGAGAUUGCUUACUUUUCUGAGCACUACUUUGCUGAUCAUAUACAAACAAAAUCAAGGUUUACACGAUUUGAUGAAGGUGAAGUUCCUGUAUAUUGUGUCAGCGGAGUACCUGAUAUAUUUACAGAUGUAGGUCGUCCGAGUGGAGAAAUGCAAGAGAUAUGGCUUUCCGAGAAAGACUAUAACUGCGCACAUUCAUAUGUAUUGCGAAAUUGUGAUUAUUUUCAGCCAUUUGAGAGGAUGUUUGAAGAUUAUCUAACUGCAAAAUACGGAGACAUUUCCGAGAAAGAACUCUCCACAAAGAGAGCUGACGAAUAUCAUAUAUGGGUGAAAGAUUACGUUCGUUACUGGAGCAACACACACGAGUUUCCUCUGUGGGUCAAAAAUAUUGCGAAUGGACCCGUGAAUAAGGCCAAAACCUGGCCCAUCUACUUCACCAGAGGUUUCUUAUUUCAUACGCAAAAGUAUGGUGAGGGACGAAAGACUUGUAACUAUGGCAUAUGUGUUAAAGGAGAGAGUUACACAAAUGCAUCAGAUGAAGCUGAUUACUAUGAGAUCUUAACUGAUAUCAUUCAAAUUGAGUAUGAGGGGGCAGUGAAUUUGAAAAUUACACUUUUUAAGUGUAAGUGGUAUGAUCCUAUGAUUGGUAGAGGCACUCGGCGGAGCAAUGGUGGCAUCGUGGACGUUCUUUCAUCGAGGAAAUACUAUAAAUACGAACCAUUUAUUCUAGCAUCUCAAGCACAUCAAGUUUGUUAUAUCCCGUAUUCGUACGUAAAGAAACCAAAGCAGUUGUGGUACAAUGUUUUAAAAGUGAAUCCGAGGGGAAUCAUUUCAGGAGAAUACGAAGACAGCGAACCGGCAGUGUUACAACAAGACAAUGAUGAUGCUGUAUUGAUGACUACAAUUGAAGAUAUACCAGUCGACCAUUUGUUACAUGCUCAAGGAGAACCGAUUAAUCUUGAUAUUGAUGUCGAAGAUGCAGAACCAGAGGAUGAAUUCCAGUGUAAUCUAUCCUCGACUUCUUCUGAUGAUGAAUGUAAAGAUGGAGAAACACCAUCCUAA